AUUGAUGUGCACUGGUAGGCACUGAUAUGUGGCACUGAUGUGCAAUGAUGGGCACUUACAGGUGGCAUUGAUGGGCACUGACAGGUGCCCUGAUCAGGGCACUGAUGAUCAGUGUAGAUGUCCCCUCUGAGGAAUGCCGAUUACCGGCUCUCCUCUCCUCACGAGCUGUCAGCGGUAGGAGAGGACUGCCGGUUGUCAGAUCGUGAGGAAAGUACUGCCGAGAACCGGCAGUUGUUAGAGCAGGGAUCGGCACCGAUCAUCAGGGCACUGAUGAUCAGUGACCUGAUGAUCGGUGCCCAGCAGUGCCACCCACAAGUU